UCUGCAGGCUGUGGGCCUCUGGGAUAUGUAGUUCUGCAGCUGCUUCAUCAUCCGGGCUUCUUAUAGCAACACUAGAAUUAUGAUAUAUCUCUCUCUCUCUCUCUCUACGUUGGAAAAGUGAAAGAGAAUGCAGUACUGAGACAGCUGUCUGUGCAAGUGUGCCUUAUUUCUAAACAAUCAGCUCGGCCUCCCAUUGGUUAGUCGUGCUGAAUUUAACCAAUAACCGGCUGAGCAGUUUCCUCGGGGCCACAUUGUUUUCCCCUGGCCCCUGUGCUACUGGUGUGGUUGUGUUUAUGUGUCUCCCAAUUAUUACUAAAGUUUUAUACAUCCUGUGUAAAUUUCAUUGCUUAUAGUUACUCCUCCUUGUUGCAUAUUUCUCCAGCCUGUGGCCCUCCAGCUGCAGCAGUGCUCAUCAGGGGCUGCUGGGAGUUGUAGUUAAAGAAGCAGUUUCAGGGACUCUGCUUAACAAUACCUGUUGUAUGUGCAGAAACAGGGAACCUUAGUUCUCUUGUACUAAAGGCACGUGACUCUAAAUUCAAUUGUAAUGGCAGGACAAUAUUUCUCACUGUCAGUUUUCACAAUCACACUGGCAGACAAUAAGAGCAGUGCUAGUCAUUGUGGGUAUUAGGGCAGCUGAAGUCCCACACAACCUAUUGUUAUACUCCGUGCAGAAUUCCCAUUGCCCUCUCCAACAAAAGCCCUUGUCUGCUGCUGGGAAGCUGAGAGUUCACCCGCUGCCGUGCUUCAGCACACAUAGUAAUUGACAGUUGCAUUUCCAAAGAGUUUGUGCUGGGGAUACAAGUUUGCAGUGGGACGGAUGAAGCUUUUGUUUCCGUGGAGAUGAAAUUAUCAGCACCUUGCAACACACGCAGAGGAGGAGGAGAGCACUGAUGGUGCAGAAGAAUGGACCUCUUGAAUGGCCAGUCCACCAAUUCUUUACCGGCUACUGCUUCAGAGAAGAGCAGCAGUUCAGAGUCAUUAAGUGACAAGGGCUCAUCGGAACUGAAAAAAAGCUUUGAUGCAAUUGUGUUUGAUGUUCUCAUGGUUACACCAGAGGAAUAUGCUGGUCAAAUAACGGUAAUGGAUGUCCCUGUUUUUAAAGCUAUUCAACCAGAGGAAUUAUCAAGCUGUGGGUGGAAUAAGAAGGAGAAGUACAGUUCCGCACCCAAUGCUGUGGCCUUCACAAGACGCUUUAACCAAGUGAGUUUUUGGGUAGUUCGAGAGAUACUCCAUGCACAAACACUAAAAAUUCGAGCUGAGGUUUUGAGUCAUUACAUUAAAACUGCCAAGAAGCUGUAUGAACUAAACAACCUCCACUCUUUAAUGGCUGUGGUGUCUGGGCUUCAGAGUACUCCAAUCUAUAGGCUUACCAAGACAUGGGCACUUUUGAGUCGUAAGGACAAAGCCACAUUUGAGAAACUGGAGUAUGUCGUUAGUAAAGAAGAUAAUUACAAGCGACUAAGAGACUACAUCAACAGUUUGAAAAUGACACCUUGCAUUCCAUACUUGGGUAUUUACCUUUCAGAUCUCACGUAUAUAGAUUCUGCAUACCCAUCUACUGGCAGUAUCCUAGAAAGUGAGCAGAGAUCAAACCUGAUGAACAACAUUCUUCGGAUAAUCUCUGACCUCCAAACAUCCUGUGAAUAUGACAUCCCUGUCCUGUCUCAUGUCCAAAAAUAUCUGAACUCGGUGCGGUACAUUGAGGAGCUUCAGAAAUUUGUUGAGGAUGACAAUUACAAGCUUUCAUUAAAAAUUGAACCUGGGACCAGCACACCUCGUACAGCAGCUUCAAAAGAAGACUUAGUUGGUCCAGAAGUUGGGGCUUCACCUACAAGCUUGCGGAAAAACAUUCCAGUGGAAGGAGUAUUGCUACCACCAACACCUCCCUCUCCACGAAAUCUGAUCCCCCAUGGGCACCGCAAGUGUCACAGUCUGGGAUACAACUUCAUACAUAAAAUGAACUCGGCUGAAUUUAAAAGUGCAACCUUCCCUAAUGCUGGGCCACGCCACCUUCUAGAUGACAGUGUAAUGGAACCCCACACACCAACACGAGGGCAAGCUGAAAGCUCCACUCUUUCAAGUGGGAUAUCAAUAGGAAGCAGUGAUGGGUCUGAGCUCAGUGAGGACAUGCCUUGGCCAGCUUUUGAAAGGAACAGGUUGUACCAUUCUCUGGGUCCGAUGACAAGAGGGUCAUGGAAUGGAUAUCGAGGCCCGGUGAAGGCCAGCAGGACUCACUAUGCCCAACUUUCUAUGGGCAGGAGUAAGAUGCCAUCUUUCAGUCUCCGUUGCAUUCAGCGGCAGAGCUCCAGUUCUGCAGAGACAACAGAUCUGGCUGUUCAUUUGUGUCCUGAAGAGGUGGCUAUACAGGGGGUUCUGCGCCGGAAAACUGUACUAAAAGAAGGAAAAAAGCCAACAGUUGCAUCCUGGACAAAAUACUGGGCAGUUCUUUGUGGCACACAGCUGAUUUACUAUACUGCAAAAUCCUUAAAAGCCACAGAAAGAAAACAUUUCAAAGCUAUUUCUACAAAAAACAUUUCUGUUCUUGGCUGGAUGGCAAUGAUGUCUGACGAUCCUGAGCACCCCGAUCACUUCUUGCUAACAGACUCAGAGAAAGGAAAUUCCUACAAGUUCCAAGCCGGUAGCCGCAUGAAUGCCAUGUUAUGGUUCAAACAUCUUAGUGCUGCCUGCCAAAGUAACAGACAACAGGUUCCUGCCAACCUAAUGACCUUUGAGUGAUUUGGAGAUUUGAGGAUUGCGGAGGAUCACAACCUCGUUCCCCGAAAUAGCUGGAGGAGCAUGAAAUGAUUAGCUAUACACGGGGAAACUCCGCUUUUCUGCCUUAUCAACUGUACCGUAGAGCAAUGAACAAAAGCAUCCAGUUUAUAUCACUGAGCCGGCGAAGCCACAGAGAAUUUCCCAGACACGCCGUGUGUUUAUACUGCUGCAAGAGAAAUGGAGCAGUCCUGCAAAUGUGCAACUUAUUCAGCCAUGGACCUCAUUCUGAGAAUACUCAUGUACAUAUAUAUAUAUACAUAUAGAUAGAUAUUUUUUUUUCUUAAGCACUCACUGAACCAAUCUGUGCAAACCACUGCCUUAAAGACAAAGAGAAAAAAAAAGUGUGUGUUGUAACAGCAAAUAGUGAGUCGGUGAGUAUUUACAGGUGCAUUACGUGGCACGUUCUGACAUUGUUGUGUUAGCUUUAACUUUGAUCAUAUGUCAAACUAUAUUUUUGGACCUUUUGGUCUUAUUUUUUCUCUUCUUGUGAAAACAAGCAAAUUGGGUUAGUCUUGUGAAAGACAACAUGAAUUGUAGAAAGCACAGCGUUUUAGUUUAGGUUACAACAAGGUCUGUUGGUUACAGGAAGUGGAUUUAGCAGCCAUUGCACUGCCUCAGUCUCACUGGGAUUUCUUCUGUCUUGCAGUGACAACAAAGCAACAACAACAGCAGCAGAUGGAUAUUGCUCUGUUAUCUUCUGUUAGGGCUGAGGGAAAUAUCUUUAUUUUGCUGUUACAGGAAUGUGACUUUGUCCUGCUGAGAGCUGCCAGUCUGUACGUCUGGGUAUUACUUACACAGGGUGACAGAUGGCUGGUGGUCUGUUUACAUCUAGUUGUAGUAUUACAUGUAAUUAUUCUACUAAUGUAUCUUUGAUGCAAAAAAAAACCCGACUGCCAGCAGUAUUAUAUUUUUUAAAGAUUGUUUUAAAU